CUUAGGAGUAGAACCGACCUGACACUCGAGACCUGUACCUUCCUUACCGUUGCUGCUGCAACAGACGACCAAAACAGGACUUCAUCAUGGUGUCAAUGGGACGGCAGAUGCUGGGCUUCGCCCUGUCCAUAAUCGGCUUCCUCGGGACCAUCAUCGUGUGCGCUAUACCCAUGUGGAAAGUCACGGCCUUCAUCGGAGCCAAUAUUGUGACGGCCCAGACCAUCUGGGAGGGCCUGUGGAUGAACUGUGUGAUGCAGAGCACGGGUCAGAUGCAGUGUAAGAUCUACGACUCCCUGCUGGCACUACCCCAAGACCUUCAGGCGGCCAGAGCGCUGGUGGUUGUCGCCAUCAUCGUCGCAGCCUUCGGCAUCCUCCUGGGAAUCGCCGGAGGGAAGUGUACCAACUUUGUGGAGGAUGAGCGGGCCAAAGCCAAGGUGGCCAUCGCCUCUGGGAUCAUCUUCAUCUGUGCUGGUGUCCUCAUCCUCAUCCCCGUCUGCUGGUCGGCCAACACCAUCAUCAGGGACUUCUACAACCCCAUCAUCACCAACGCCCAGAGGAGGGAGCUGGGGGCCGCGCUCUACAUCGGCUGGGGCACCGCCGGGCUCCUCAUCCUGGGUGGGGCCCUCCUGUGCAGCUCCUGUCCACCCAAAGAUGAGAGCGACUACCCAGUCAAGUACUCCCAGGCCAGGUCCACAGCCACCAGCCGAGCCUACGUUUGAGCAAACCAGCUCCUCUGAGAAAGACUGUAAAUUAUUUCAUUGCUUCUUUUUUUAAAACCUGAGUGCCACAAUUCAGUAAAAGCCUACCUUGCAUUUUGUUCUAUUUAACAAAGUAGAAAAGCAAAGUGUGUGAAGUGUUGUCUUUAGAGUUACGCCCAAUGGGAAGUAAUAAUGAGGAUCUGAGUGCUUCACAGCUCCGUGGCUCAGACAGACAAAGUGUGUGACGAAUGAGAAAUGUAUUGCACAUUAUAAAGUCAUCAUAAAGUAAAGGUAAUGUGUACCCAAGGGCCAGAAUACGACGCAUGGUAUAAAGAGGCGCACUGGACUGAGAAAAAGACUCCUCUUUUGUAUACGAAGCUUGUGUUAAUCCUUAAAUGUAGUACUUAUGAAGUAAGUAUAGGCUGUGAUGGAGGGAUGUUCACAUCCAGUAACAUGAUAUGAUGAUAUCUUGUGAAGUGUUUGUAUAUAGCAUAUUCCAUAUUGAUUUAAACAGUGUGAUCGAGUUAUGUGCCCGGUUUGUAAUAAAACAUUUAC